UGUACCUUCGUACCAGUCGGCCGCCGAUCACCGCGCUAUGGAUUCCUCAUUCUUCUCCGCCGCUCGUCUUCUCAAAAGAGCCCUCGAAAGUCGUCUCCUCCGCUGGGAUUCGGCGCUGGCGAACGGCAGGCAUUACUGCACCAGAAAACCCCGUCGUGCGACGCUGCAGUCCAUGAUAUGGCCGCUGGGCGACCCCAACACUAACCUCUCGCCGGUGCUCGACCGUUGGGUCGACAAGAGAAAACCCAUACGACACGUAGAGCUCCAGAAUAUAAUCAGAGAGCUCCGUGUGCGCCGAAGGUACCGGCAAGCGCUGGAGGUUUCUGAUUGGAUGAAAAGCAAAAAGAACAUACAAUUCAUGUCCGGUGACAAUGCCGUCCAUUUGGAUCUAAUUGGUCAAGUCCAUGGACUGUCUUCCGCUGAAACCUACUUCAAUAACAUGUGUGAGAAAGACAAGAACGAGAAAACCUAUGGUGCACUGCUGAAUUGCUAUGUGAGAGAACACCUGAUAGAGAAAUCCUUGUCCCAUAUGGAGAAGAUGAAGGAGCUAGGAUUAGUAUCCUCUCCUCUGGCUUAUAACAAUAUCAUGAGCUUAUACACAACUACUGGCCAGCACGAAAAGGUUCCCUCAGUCCUAGAAGAUAUGAAAGCUAAGAAUGUCCUUCCUGAUAACUUCAGCUACAGGAUUUGCAUCAACUCAUACGGUGCACGGUCUGAUAUUGAAGGCAUGGAGAUGAUCUUAGAGGAGAUGGAGCACCAGCCACAGAUUGUUGUUGAUUGGAACACUUAUGCGGUAGUCGCUAACAUCUACAUAAAGGCUGACAUCACUGACAAAGCUUUAUCUGCUCUGAAGAAAGCAGAAAAGAAGCUCAUUCAAAGGGAUGCAGUUGGAUACAAUCAUCUAAUUUCGCUCUAUGGGCUUCUUGGAGACAAAUCUGAGAUGAAAAGGUUAUGGGAGCUUCAGAAAGUGAAUUGUAAGAAGGUUGUAAACAAGGAUUACACCACUAUGCUCGGAGGACUGGUCAAGCUCGGGGAGCUGGAAGAUGCUGAAGUUUUGAUGAAAGAGUGGGAAUCUAGUGGCAAUGCAUUUGAUUGGCGUGUUCCAAAUGCUCUUCUAGUAGGAUACAGGAAAAUGGGUAUGAUAGAGAAGGCAGAGUUUAUGCUCGAUGGUUUCCUGAAGAAAUGUAGGACUCCCGCAGCCAGUAGCUGGGGGAUUGUUGCUGCUGGUUAUGCAGAAAAGAACAUGUUUGACAAGGCACAUGAACUGAUGAAAAAUGCCCUUUGCGUUUAUGUUUCAAGUUCCGGCUGGGAGCCAAAUGCAACUACUAUUAGUGGUAUAUUAAAUUACCUUGGUGAUGAAGGCGAGGUCAAGGAAGUAGAGACUUUCAUUAGUUUACUAAAAUUGGCAAUGCCAGUGGACAGGGAAAUGUAUCAUACAUUGGUUAAAGCUUAUGCUAGAGCAGAGAAAGAUGCUAGUGAAGUUCUACAGAGAAUGAAGGAUGAUGGCAUUGAAGCUGAUGAAGAGACAGAGAAGAUUUCGAGUAGUAGACAGAAAAAUCUUGUCUCUCCAUAAUAAUUGAAAUAUAUUAUUGUUCUCUUUGGAAGAGGUGACUUCCAAUGGUUUCCCAAAUUUACACUGAUGUGAUACCAAGUUUUGUUCAAAUUGCCUAUGAUUGAAAGAACUAGAUGCUUUUUUCAGUACACAAGUAACCUUUGUUUAAUUGCAUGCAUUUAUUUCUUGUUUAA